ACUUGCAACACCAAAACAUUAAACACCAAAGCACUUAACGCAACUUUCAUCAUGCAAGAAACACCCCCACAUAUAGCCAUCGUGCCCACACCAGGGAUGGGUCACCUCAUUCCACUCACUGAGUUAGCGAGGUGGCUAGCCGAGUUUAACAUCAACGUAACACUACUCAUUCCCAACGACGACUCGCCACCGUCAAAUUCCCAACUCUCUCUCCUACAAAACCUCCCACCCUCCGUCUCCCACCGAUUUCUCUCUCCUGUUGACGUCACAGACCUCCACUCCGGCAUCCCUGUUGAAACUCGGAUUGAACUCACCAUGACUCGGUCCAUCCCAGAUCUUCGUGACUCGCUCCGAGUUUUGUCCGAGUCAACUAGGCUCGUUGGCAUCGUUGUGGAUCUUUUGGGCUACAAAGCGUUAAGUUUGGCCCAAGAAUUUGAUAUCCAGUCGUACGUGUUUUUCAUCACGAGUGCUUUGGGUUUGUGCUGCGCUUAUUCUAUGCCAAAACUGGAUAAAAUGCACACGCGUGAGUAUAGAGAUUUGCCUGAACCGGUUCAAUUUUGUCCCGGUUCGGUUCAUGUUCAUGGUGCUGAUUUUCCUGACCCGGUUCAAGAUAGGGAACGUGAAGUCUACAAGUUCUUUCUUGGCCUAACAGAAUGUUAUUCUAAGGUUACCGGGAUUUUGGUCAACAGUUUCUUUGACCUUGAACCGGUUGCUUUUAAGUACUUAAUGGAAAACCGUGGUAAAGAAGAUAAUUUUCCACCGGUCUAUUCCGUUGGACCGGUAAUUCGGGCCGGUCCCGAAGGUGAGUUGUUAGACGGGUCAAACUCUCUAAAAUGGUUGGAUAACCAACCAAAUGAUUCGGUGUUAUUUGUGUCAUUUGGUAGUGGUGGAAACCUUUCUCAUGAGCAACUUAUAGAGUUAGCAUUAGGGCUUGAGUUGAGUGGUCAAAGGUUUUUGUGGGUUGUUAAAUCCCCACAUGAUAAGUCUAAUGCUUCUUACUUUGGUGUCAAUAAUGUUGAUAACCCACUUGAGUAUUUGCCGCAGGGGUUUUUAGAUAGGACCAAAGGGUUAGGUUUAGUGGUGCCUAAUUGGGCUCCUCAAGUGCAAAUAUUAAGUCAUGGUUCAACGGGUGGGUUUUUAACUCAUUGCGGGUGGAACUCGAUUCUGGAGAGUAUAUCUCAUGGCGUGCCCUUGAUUGCAUGGCCACUUUACGCUGAACAAAGAUUGAAUUCUGUAAUAAUAGCCGAAGAUUUAAAGGUUGCAUUCAGAGUAAAACCAAAUGAGAAGGGUUUGAUUCAAAGUGACCAAAUUGGUCAAUAUGCACAAUGUUUGAUUCAAGGAGAGGAAGGAAGAGUAUUGCAAGAGAAAAUGAGAACACUUAUGGAUGCGGCUAAUGUUGCUUUAAACAAAGAUGGGUCGUCUAAGGAGUCAUUAGCAAAGGUUGCUCAAGUGAUAAUGAAUCACAAGAUCACAAAAAAUGAAUCCAAUCAUCUUGAUAAUUGAUGUUUUGGUUGUUUAAUUAAUGUACUUUCCUAUGUUUUAAUAUUGCAUGAUGAAGAAGAUUUGCAUGUUUGCACAAUUAAUCAAACUUUUCUAGUAA